AUGUUCUAAUCUUUUAAUUUAACUAGAAAACUUCAAAUUAAUAAUGAAAGCACAUUAUAUUGUGAAACCCCUAGAGCUAUUUUUCGAUCUGAAAGAAAUAUUAUCGUUCCAUCUCUGUUUUAGAAACUUAAAUUAAAGCCUAUCUAAGACUUUUAAGUACAAACUUAAACAAACAAUAAUUCAAUAAAAUCCUCAUUAAAAAAUAGCAAUUUGUUCACUUAAAGAGAUUAGGAGGAUUUGCUGAACAAAUAGCGAUUAAGACACAAUAAGAAGUAGGUUAGUUUUAGUGAUAAAUUAUUAAUCAUAUAACCAAAUAAAGGAGUCAUCAUAAGAGAAAGAAUUCCUGAAUUAUCUGAACAAGUUAAAGUUAUUCGAACAAGAAAAAGAAAGAAUUGUAUUUUAAUCCAUAGCUAAAUUAGAACAUUACAAACUUGCUAAUCCACUUUCAUUGAUUAGCUUUGA